AACGGCAGCAACAUGUUGCUACGACACCAACAUCAGCAUGGCAGCAGCAUACUAAUCGGAUUUACAUUGUUAAUUUAUAGCUUACAAGGAUAUACAAAUGUUCUGGCAGUGGAUGAUAUUAUCAGAGAAAAACAGGGCCAAACGGUAUACGUACCCUGUCCGGUUAACAAGGAGAAAUGCGGUGAAUUACAUUCACUGAAUUGGUUUAAGGGUGACAAUCGGAUAGCGGCCAUGCUAUUGGAUGAUAGUAAUGUCACAAGUGUGGCAGAUGGAUAUGAAGAUAGAGUUUCCGUUGAACAAAAUCCCUUUAGAUUAAUUAUUAGAAAUUUACAAAUUGCCGAUCAGGACAUCUAUCUGUGUGAUACGACAUAUUUUAUACCAAUUGAAACGUGUGAUAAUUUCAAUGGUCAUCGUGUGGAUUUGAGAGUUUUAGUACCACCCACGGAGAUGAUUAUCUGGGAUGAAAAAGGUGAUCGCAUCACAAAUGGCAGUGUAAUCGGUCCCAUGCAGGAACGUCAAAUGCUGAAUUUGACAUGUGUUGUCUUGAAUACGACACCGCUGCCACAGGUCGGCUGGUAUCGGGGGAAUAAGCGGCUGUCAACAGUCGAUCCCCAUUACGAUGAAAAGGAUGGCCUGUACAAUGUCACCGUGGAAUUAUCACUGCAGCUGUCACGUGAAGAUUUGGGCCAUACAAUUGAGUGUCGUGCCGAAUCGGCAGCCAUUGAUAAUGUUAUGUCCACACAUUUUAGUUUGGAUUUACAAGUUCGUCCCACCAACAUACACAUUAACGGUGUAGAAAAAUACACCGUCCAAGGCAGUAAAGUGGUGUUAACCUGCAGUGUCUAUGGUGCCCGACCACCAGUCAAUCUAACAUGGAUGAAUGCCACACAGACCAUAGAUCCAGCCGAUAAUGAUUUGACAGAAAUUCGCACCAAGGCGAUUGAACAAGCGGAUGGCACCUUUUAUACCCAAUCAGAUUUGCUAUUCAAUGCCACGCGAUUUGAAAAUGACAAAGAAUUUCGCUGUGAGGCUGAAAAUAUUGUAACAAAAAUGAAUGGUGAAAAGCCGUUCCAGGCCCUAUUGGGUUUGGAGGUGUUCUAUCCCCCUGUCAUAACACUGAACCCCUUGAAUGCCACAGUGAAUACUGGAGACAGUGUUCUACUCUAUUGUGAUUAUGUGGCAAAUCCAGCUACUUUGAAAAGUGUCGUGUGGUAUCGCAAUGGUGUAAGCUUAAACGUUAGCGAUAAUGAUCAUUACAAAGGCGGCAAUUCGGAACAUGUUGCCCUGUCCAUACGCCACGCCAACAAAGAGGAUAUUGGCAAUUAUACUUGCGAAUUAACCAAUGAGGCUGGCAAGGGUACUUCCGAACAGCAGAUUUUUUUGGAUGUGUUGUAUGUCCCCACCGUCGAGGUAUUAAUGACACCCGUCGACUCUGUCAAAGAAAGUGAAGAGGCCAAUGUCACAUUGAUCUGUAAAAUUAUUGAUGCCAAUCCUCCGGUGCUUACGAAAGUUCGUUGGUAUGCCAAUUCAACAUUGCUAAAGGAAUUGCCCGAUUGUGAAGAGACUAAAGAGGAUUUGUGUCACAUUGAUCCCAGUAAAUUGCUAUUGGAAAGUAUUGGACGUGGCUUUUUCUAUAAUUAUUCCUGUGAGGGCUAUAAUGAUGCCGGUUGGGGACCACGCAGUGAUGAUAAGGAAUUGUUGGUUUUAUACGAACCAGGUCCAGCCAGCAUUGCCCACUUCCCCUUGAUUGCUGUGAAAAAGAAGAGUGUUACCUUUUCAUGUUCCGUUGAUGAUCCAGGAUAUCCCGAAACAAAUAGCUUCCGUUGGCUGCGUGGCGGCCGCCCCACCAACUCCGACACCAAGGAUUACACCAUCGAACCGGUGGGCCUUGACAGCCGUACCAACUAUUCGUGCUAUGCCUUUAAUGCGGGCGGCAAAGGUGCCAUGGCCACAGUCAAUUUGGAGGUACAUGCACCACCAUUUUUCAUCAAGAAUCUGCCACCGUACACCGGAAUGUUGCACACGUCUCGCAAUGCCAAUCUAACUUGUCGCAUCGAAUGUGUACCACGCUGUGAAAUAUCCUGGCUAAAGGAUGGCGUGCCCAUUGAGAAAAAUGAUACACGGUAUUUUGUCAAAGACAAGUAUAUGGAUGCCUCACCGGCAACGGGUGAUUUUGAGAGUAUGCUGUCGGUACUGCAUUUUAAUAUGUCCAAUUGGCCAAAUAACAAAUUUGACAUUGAAGGAGAUAAUGCCAAUUAUACAUGCAUUUCGACUGGCAAUGCUGUGGGACCGGGCAUCAAAAGUGCCACUUAUUUCAGUAUCGAAUAUGCACCCGAUAAUACCACUGUAUCCGAAGAAGUUGUUUAUGUACCAGAGGAAACAAUACCGGGACGUGUCAUAUGUAAAUCGAGAGCUAAUCCUGAACCAACUUAUGAAUGGCGUUUCAAUGACAAAACGGUUAUACGCGGCAAUGCCUUAAUCAUCAAUACACCCAUGACCCGCAAUGAUAGCGGUCGUUACACUUGUGUGGCCUAUAACAAACAUGGACGCAGUUCCGCUGAAACAUUCAUUGAUGUCCAAUACAAGCCACGUUGCGAAAUUGAAAGAAUGGAGAUCGAUGAUCAGGAUACAUUAAUUUGUACAGCAUAUGGCAAUCCGGAAGAGGCCGAUUUUUCAUGGUCAAUUAAGGCUGAAAAUGAAUCGGUCGAAUCGUUGGGCAGCGGUGACAGUAAAACGUUUAAGGAUAAAAGCUAUUAUGUACUCAAGGAAGAUUAUGAAAUUGCACGUACCUAUCGCUGUGUGGCCAAUAAUUCUGUUGGUGUGGGUACAUUCUGUGAAAUCGAAGUUGCCGCCACACCGUUCUACAUUAUAUGGUGGAAAGAACAACUAGCCUGGUGGCAGCGUUGGGACAAGCCAGCCCUAAUCAUAUUGGUUGCCAGCAUAUUGGUUCUGCUGUUGGCUGUGAUAAUUAUUUGCUGUAUUAUCAUUUGCAUUUGUCGCCGGCGCAGACGUCAAGAUAAAUCAGUGCAAGAGAAGUCGUCUUCUAUGGCGGAUCCAUUAACGGAACCUGGAGAGUAUGAGAAUUUGCCGUUCCAUGGCCUACAAACGGCCCCUAAUAAGCCCCUCAACACGCAAAUCUUCGAUGACGAAUUCAUUUAUGCCGAUUUAGAAAGUCAACACUAUGGUCCGAUUAAUUACAAAAAGGCUUCCACCGUUUAUGCUCAAGUUUCGAAAAAUAAAGAUGGAGCCCUAGUUGAGGCCAAAAAAUAGACGAAUGAACGAAUUUAGCCAC